AGUACAGCGCAUGCGUAUUGCUCAUUAUUUUGAACCUUGUCGCUCUCCGUCAGCAUUUGAAGCAGGAAGGGACCUUUGAGCUCCGCUCCGAUCCUGACAGCAUACGCAGCCUGAGUACUGACUUCCUAACGGCAUGGAUAAGGAUAAUCUUUCAGUGGUGUUACAUUCAACAGGCGAUCUCAGACUGGAACAACGCCCAAUUCCGGAACCAGGACCAAAUGAGGUGCUCCUGCAGAUGCACUCUGUGGGGAUCUGCGGCUCGGACGUGCAUUACUGGCAGCACGGCCGAAUCGGUGACUAUGUGGUGAACAAACCAAUGGUGCUCGGGCACGAGGCCUCUGGCCGCGUUGUCAAGGUGGGAUCUGAAGUGAAGCACCUAAAACCAGGUGACAGGGUAGCCAUCGAACCCGGGGUGCCGCGUGAGAUUGAUGAAUUCUUCAAAACCGGACACUACAACCUGUGCCCGAGCCUGUUUUUCUGCGCGACGCCUCCUGACGAUGGCAGUUUGUGCCGAUACUACAAACACAACUCCAGCUUCUGCUACAAGUUGCCCGACAAUGUGACCUUUGAGGAAGGAGCGCUGGUCGAGCCUCUUUCUGUGGGCAUUCAUGCCUGCCGGAGGGGCGGGGUGACGCUGGGGAGCGCCGUGCUCAUCUGUGGGGCAGGACCCAUUGGACUUGUGAGUCUUCUGGCUGCAAAGGCCAUGGGGGCUGCCCAGGUGGUCAUCAGUGACCUGUCUGAGAAGCGGCUGGAGAUGGCGAAGGAGCUGGGAGCCGAUUUCUCAGUAACAGUUCAGAGGGAGGACUCUUCCCGUGACCUGGCCAAGAAGGUGGAGAGCCUGCUGGGGGAGCAGCCGCAUGUAGCUAUCGAGUGCACCGGGGUGGAGGCCAGCACCCAGAUGGCCAUUUACGCGACGCGUCCGGCUGGGGUGGUGGUCCUCGUGGGAAUGGGCGCAGAGACGGUGACAGUUCCGCUGCUUACUGCUACAUUUAAAGAGCUGGACAUUAGGGGGAUUUUCCGCUACUGCAACACGUGGCCUGUAGCCAUUGCUAUGCUGGCUUCCAAGAAGGUGAACGUGAAGCCGCUGGUGACCCACCGCUUCCCCCUGGAGCAGGCGGUGCAGGCCUUCGAGACCAGCCGGCAGGGCCUGGGCGUCAAAGUCAUGCUCAAGUGUGACAAGAGUGACCAGGACCCUUGAGGAGCAGAGAUCCAUCACUGGGCAGAGCAGAAGCCGCCACAGAACCUAAAUCCAUAUUCUCUCCACCGAAUCCUAAAUCAGCUGUUAAAAUCUGCAAGUAUCUUCCAUAUACAACGAAUGGAGAAGAUAAAAUUAUGCUUGCUUUGAAUUUUUAAAUAUUUUUCUACGAAAUAGAAAUACAAUGUAAAAAUGAAUCUGCCCAACAGGGGAAAAAAAGCAAAUCAAUAAAACAAAAUAAUUAACCUGAAGAA